AUGAUGCAAACAGAAUACUCGAAAGAAAAGAAGGUCGGUGAGGGUACUUAUGCUGUUGUAUAUGUUGGAACAAAGUAUUCUACGAACCGAAAGGUUGCCAUAAAAGAGAUCAAAACCUCAGGAUUCAAGGAUGGAUUGGAUAUGUCUGCGAUCAGAGAAGUAAAAUACUUACAAGAAAUGAAUCAUGUAAAUGUAAUAGAACUUAUCGAUGUUUUCAUGGCGCAGAAUAACCUGAAUUUAGUUUUGGAAUUCCUUCCAGCUGAUUUAGAGAUGAUUAUUAAAGACAGUUCUAUAUUAUUUACAAACGCAGAUAUAAAAUCCUGGCUCUUGAUGACACUGCGAGGAGUUCACCAUUGCCACAGGAAUUUCAUUUUACAUCGGGAUUUGAAGCCAAAUAACCUUCUACUAGCUCCAGACGGACAACUAAAAUUAGCAGAUUUCGGUCUUGCGAGAAAUAUGGGCUCUCCUCAAGAAAUACUAACAAGUAAUGUAGUAACCAGGUGGUAUCGUGCGCCUGAGCUGCUGUUUGGUGCCAAACAUUACACAGGGGCAAUCGAUAUGUGGUCCGUGGGUGUUAUCUUUGCUGAAUUAAUGUUAAGAAUUCCAUACUUACCAGGGAAGGAUGACAUAGAUCAAAUUGACGUUACUUUUAGAGCUCUUGGCACACCUACAGAUAGAGAUUGGCCUGAAAUUUCAACAUUCAGUACCUACAACAAGAUUCAGUUUUAUCCACCACCCUCUAGAGAUGAACUUAGAAGAAGAUUCGCAGCUGCAACAGAAAACGCAUUGGACUUGAUGUGUGGAAUGUUGACCAUGAAUCCACACAAAAGAUGGGAUCCAACAAAAUGUUUAACUAGUGAAUUCUUUGUUGAGCUGCCAGAGCCUACUGUCCCAGAGGAAUUACCUAAGCUAAAUAAUAAGUAA